AUGUGUAUUUCAGCUCGAUUAUUUGAACAUACUGCAUUGGAUGGAUGUAAUACUGAAAUUGCAAGGUCUCAUAUGUUGCAACGUACACGUCAACCGACCAAAUGCGCCCAUUGCGAAACACUUUCAUUGCUAUCAACGAUUCAAUGCUCGAAAUGUGGUAUGACAUGGCAUAAAUCAUGUUUAUCACGUAUUACCGUUCGAUGUGAUCAGAAUCCAAAAAGUUUUUCUGAUUUAUCUCGACGUACCAGUGUAUUUGGUGUACCUUUAUCCAGUCAAUUAAAUGAGCCUUCCCGAUUGAUUCCAAUUGUUUUGGAGCGUUGUGUUGAUGAGCUUCAAAAACGUGGAUUAAAAGUGAAGGGGAUUUAUCGUACUUGUGGUGUGAAGAGUAAAAUUGAGCAAAUUUGUGAAGAUUUUGAACGAGCAAAUAAUGGUAGUGAAGUGGAUUUAAGUAGCUAUCAUCCGAUGAAUAUUGCUUCCGUUGUUAAGCUUUAUCUGAGAAAAUUGCCGGAACCGUUACUGACGCAUGAGUUAUACGAUGAGUGGAUAGCAUUUGCUGAGAAAAAUUUAGUUGAAGAAGAUGUAGAAAUUGUUGAUUGUAUCAGAUCAUUGAUGAAAAGAUUACCAGCAAAAAAUAUGGAUACAUUGAGAUUCCUAUUGCUUCAUUUAAAACGAGUCACCUGGUUUGAAAUGGAUAAUUUAAUGACAGCAUCAAAUUUGGGUGCGGUAAUAACGCCAUCGAUGAUUUGGAAGCAUCCAUCACCAUCGUCCAUCACCAACAAUAAUUCCUUUCUUUCUAAUGCCCACUUGAUGAGUAAGGCGGUUGAAUUAAUCAUCAAAUAUGCUUUCGAGGUGUUCAAUGUUGACAUCAUUGAGGACAGGCGAAUCUUUUUUCAACAAUAUCCGGAUGCCAUUGAUUCACAUUCUGUAGAUCCGGAAUUAGAUGAUCGAUUAUGCGAAGGAAUAGUGGAUGAAGAUUUACUUGAAGAUGAAACUGAUGCAGUUUGUUCUACUUUCCUACCACAACCACCAACUCCGGAUUUAUUAAAAAAUACUUCUCGUAACAAAAAUGAAGCCUAUUCAAUAAAUGAAGAUGUCGAUUUGGAUAGUCCUUCGGGAUCAACACGUGCCAGUGGAUCAAGUCAAUCUGGUGGACUAUCUGGAAGAACUUACUCAGAUCGGAUAAGGGAUGUCAUAGGGAAAGAUAAUAGGGAUACCGCUGGUAAUGCAACACGUUCACGCAAUAGAAUUGAUAAAAAACGCAGUUAUACGACAUCAAUACUAGUAUCACCCCAUCCGGAUCGGAAACUAGUUUCGCCCCAAAGACAGCAUUCAGCAGAGGGCAGCAAUCCGUUUAGCAUUUCUUCCGGUGAUGUGAUUGUUGAAGUUGGUAAGGAUCAGUUUUGCUUACCGAGUGUUGAUGAUUGUAAAUCGACAGAAGAAGAGCAAUUGUUGCUAAUGGGUCUUUGUAACCGAUUGAAUACCGUUGGAAAAGAAUUGAAAAAUAGUCAUGUAACGGUAGAUUCAGAACCAAAUACGUGUACCAGUAAUCCGUCUAUUCAUUCUGAUGGAACAGCGCUUUUUCAUGGUGCUGAUGUGAGUUAUAUCUGA